UGUCAAACGCUUCCUCCUCCUCCGCUAUCAUGAAGAAGGAACCCUCUACGGCAGCGACGGUGACUAACACAUCCCAGUACCGCCCAAACGGCCAAUCCCGCCGCCAAGCACGCUCCGCCAACGACCACGACGUCUUCGAGGGACUGCCGGUCCGCCGGUGGUCCCGACAAUGGGUUCACGUCGGCAAAUCCGCACCCCCGCCCCCUCCCGAACCAGAGCUCCCCCUGCCGAAAGAGACCCACCUCCUUCCGCCCAUGUCCCAGGCACUCCUCCAAGCCGCGAGGUCAAGUUCGCAGGGCAAGCCCACCGCCAAACCAGCGCACAUCCCGGGACAGCAACUCUUCCAGACCAAACGCUGGAUGCAGGUCCCACGUCACUUGGAACCACCCGAGCCCGUGUACCUAGCUAAGCCGCUCGGCGGGAAGCGCAAGAGGACGGAAGUGGAGCCCCCGCCGCCGCCAGUUGUCGCGCCCGUUAGACGUCGUGUCCCGCCGCCGAAGAGAAAGGCGAAGCCUAGAGGUAGAAGACCAGGCUACCGGAAGACCGUGACCUUCGCCGCCGAAGGGAAUACCGAAGGUGCUACCGAGGCCGGGGCGAUCUUGAUCGACCCUGCGUCGGUUGUGGAAGCGCCGCCAGUCCCUCCAGCUACUGCUGCUGAAGUCCAGGAAGUUGUUCAGCUCGUGAUGCCGGCGGUGCCGGCUCCGGAGAAAAAGAAGGGACCCAAGGGAAAGAAAAAGGGACUGGGCAAGAAGAAGGACGUUUCCGGGAAGAAGCUGAAAAAGGCCAAGGGUGCCGUCGGCAUCAGCACUCCCGGGAAGGGGAAGAAGAAGGUCAAAGCGGUAGCAACAUCUGCGUCUUCAGCUCCGGCACCCACGACCACCAACGAUGGUGAUGGCGAUACCUCCAUGGGCGGCACCGAGGCUCCCGCAAUCGACCAUGCCACCCCUACCAUUGCGAUCCCGAACGAUGAGAACUUGGUUCCCAAA